GCCGCAAACAAAAUGGUUUUUGCAGACUAAGAAAGUUAAUUUUUUGCAAUUUUUGGACUUUUUGCGAUAUCCCAGAUGCCUUAGUGGUGGAGAGAUAAGUGCAAUCGGUGCGGUGACGGUGACGAUGGAUAAGCUGCGCUCCGGAAAAGCCCAAAAGAGCUCCGCCAAAGUGAAAAAGCUGCAGCCGCAGACUUGUCCAACUGUGGCGUAGGAUACGAAAACUAGUUCUCACAGACGAGACCACUCACACAAACGCACACGCACGCAAGCUAGAGCGGCGCAAGCUGCCACACAAAGCCAUCCAGCUAGCCUGUUCCCAGAAAUGGAAGGCAUGGACCUGUGGACGUCGAUGUUCUCCUCGGAGUUCGAGGACGGAGAGCCGGAAGGGGGCGGCGAGGGAGAGCAGCUGGCGGGUGGAGAGGAUGGGGCGCAGUACGGCAACGGUAAUGGCGACUUUAUCGACGAUACGGCCAUCCUGGAGGCUGGAGAUGGUGUAGACGACCUGCUAGAUGGCGAGGAUGAGGAGAGGGAAGAGGACGACGAAGGUGGCACUAAAAAGGCGUCGAAGGGACCGGAACCGGACGACGAUGCGCUCUUCGAUUUCGAGCUGGAGCCAAUUGUGAGUAUUGGUGAGUCGUCGCCGGCUUCGGUUUUGGCGCCCGCCGGUCCGAUGGGUGCCCGAGUUCGCCCAGCCCUGCAACGGCAAUCACUGCCAGCCCUAAGUCGGCCGCGAUCCGAUAUGCGACCCAUUGGAUUUCCCGUGCGUCCCACCACUUCCCAGAUCAAUGCCACCGAUGAGAACGGCGUGCCCAUCAACUACGAGCUGGGCGUAGUGUACAUCUGCCCAGCCUGUGGCGGAGAGUUCCGGCAGCAGGAUCACUGGAAGCGGCACAUGAAUCAAAUCCAUAGGUACAACACCCUUCGGGGCCUUAACUUUGCGCCGCUGGACAAGCUCUAUCAGCGCUGCAAGGAAUGCCACAAACGAAUCGCUAUGCACAGCCGGGAGAACCUGCUAAAGCACAAGUUCACACACCUGCCGUUUCGGUGCACCAAGUGCUACAUCUGCAAGCGGGAGUACAAAUACAGGCAAGAUCUAAUGGUGCACCUCCGCAUGGUACACUGCGACGAAGUGGUGGCCAUGAUGCGGGAAGGUUACAAUGCUGCCGGACGGAAAACCCGUGUCCGAGAGUCACGUACAGAGCAAAUGAAGCGGGAGAAGAGUUUUCUCGAGGAUGAGGACCUAGAUCACAUCGAGGUGCGAAACGAGCUGCUCGAACCGGAUGUUGAUGAGUCCGGCGGCAUGGGUCAACAUCCGACGCAGGUGGUGGAGGAGACGCCCCAAAAGAAGCGACCCGGCGGCAGUGGCGGAGAAGCCGCUGAGCUGUGCGAGGACUACAUCCACUACAUGUGCCCUGACUGCGGCACUGAGUGCGAUACCCACGCCCAGUGGAGUCAGCACAUUGAAUUUGUCCACGACUAUGUCAGCAGGCGUGGCCUCAACUUUCGGAGUGUCGACAUGCAGAUGCAGUGCCUCGAAUGCAAGAAGAUUAUAACACCCAACACCAUCAAGUCGCUUCGUGCCCACAAAUUCAGUCACUUGUCGCAUCCCGAGUGGCUGCGCUGCAAGCUCUGCUACAAGGGCUACACGGAUCAUCCGGAAUUGGUUAGGCAUUUGCUAAAGCAUCAUCAUCUGGAGACCCUAAUGUCAGAGGACCCUGGCCAGGAAGAGGGGGAUGCGUCUCUGGCCAUCGAUGGGGGGAAUGAAUGUGAAGACAACGGCAAUGGCGAGGGAAACGGCGCGGCAUUGGACGAGGAUUCACCCUACUUUGAAGAUGCCCCCCGUCGCGGCGGUCGAAUAAGCAGCGAUGACAUUUACGAACCGCACAUCGACUACCUCUGCCCGCAGUGCGGCAAGGAGUUCAUCGAGAAGAAGCACUGGCGCACCCAUGUGGUCAUGGCGCACAGCAUGAACGAUUUGUCCAAGCUGAACUUUGAGAUGAUCAACGAACGGCAGCUAAAGUGCACCGAAUGCGAUAAGAUCAUCACAAAUGCCUAUGGCAUACAGAAUGCCCAGCAGCACAGGAUUACCCAUCUGCCAUUCAAGGCAUAUGCCAGAUGCCGCAAGUGCCACAAGUCCUAUACGGACCGAAAGGGUCUCGUCAAGCAUCUUGCCACCUAUCACCGCAUCGGCUGUGAUUCUCGGAAGUCUGGUGGAGGUGCAGCACCACCGUCACCCAUGGUAACUACUCCAAAGCAGCCCCGCAAGCAGAUCGUCACCGUGGCCAAUGAGACCUACGAGAUAAUCUACCUGGACGAUGUGGAGCAGACCAGCUUGGAUGAGGAGAAUGACUUUGGGGAACAGAUGCUUGCUGACGAGGACGAUUAUCCGGUUAUUCAGCCACCGCAACAGCGUCAGGUGCCGCCUCCACCACGACCUGCCCCGCAAAACACUCAGCACCGCUACAAGUGCGUCCACUGCAGCACUCUCUUCCCCACUCAGGUGGCCGUGCGGAUGCACAUAAGCGAGAAGCAUUGCCGGAAGCCUCAUCAGGUGGGCAGAAGACAUCGUCAUUCGCUUUCGAAUCCCGGUGGAGCAGACUCUGGUCUUACCACAGUGGAACAGAAUUACAUCUUCCUGUGCCCGUCCUGCGGCAAGGAGUACAAAACGCAGUACGAGUGGCGACGUCAUAUUAACGAGGAGCACAACUUUGACAAGCGAAACUACCUGAACAUGCGACAGCUGGACAAGUACCGCUACCAGUGCACACAGUGCAAGGACAUUGUGUGCAACUCGAAGCUGAAGGGUCUGCAGGACCAUCACUUCCGCCAUCUGCCAUAUCGCCUGUACCUCAAGUGCUUGGUCUGUGGAACCUGCUACAACCACAAACCGAACAUUGCAGCACAUCUCAGGGCGCGCCACAACAUCUUCGACAAGGAGGCGCCCCUAAUGGCUACCAAGCCAAUGAAAGUCUACAGUCGUUUCAAGGAUGGGGAUAGAGAGAAGAUCCCUGUACCCCCUCCCGUUCCGGCAGCAAGAUCUCCACCCGGCUGCUCCACUUCUUCCGCAGCGGUUGUUGCUGCCGUGCCUGUGGUCAAUCGCACGCUUAAACCCCAACCCGGUGACCUGCCCACACGACCCGCUGGCCUGAAUACCCUGGAGGACAGCAUCUCGUACCACAAUGCCGUAGAUAUGGACUUCAUCACGUACUUCUGUCCGAAGUGCAACCAGAACUUUGACUCGCACGCAUUCUGGCGCAAGCACAUCGUGGAGCAGCACAACUUCAACAGCCGCGAGGGACUGAACUUCCGGCAGAUCGACAACCAUCACUACCUGUGCCUGGAGUGCUACAAGCGCGUCACGGUGACCCACACCAAGGGCGCCAUUGGACAGCUGCAGUCGCACAAGUUCCGGCAUCUUCCCCAUCGCUCCUUCAAGUGUCUGACCUGCGACGCCUCGUUUGUGCGUAAGCAAAUGUUCUUCAAGCAUCUGAAUCGUGACACCAACCGGUGUGAUAAUCGUCCGCAACGCGAGUUGGACGAUGAAGAGCCCAGCCAGGACUCUCAGCUGAACACCAUUUACCACCUGGCUUGUCCGCAGUGCGGCGAUGACUUCAACACCUCCAGUCGGAAGCAGUGGCGCGAUCACAUUAACGUGGUUCAUGGCUUAACCGCGCUGGACCUGCUGCACAUGAACAAGGUGGAUGGCGCGGAGGAUCUGUAUCGCUGUCAGGACUGCAACGAAGAGCUGCAGACGAACCGGCAGUGGGUGCUGCAAUACCACCGCUUCCAGCAUCUCCCACAGCCGGCCUACAUCCGCUGCCAGCUGUGCGAGCAGAACAGUGAGCGGGAUGCGACAGUGGGAUCCGGGAUGCACAGUCUACGUGAGCUGCAGCAGCAUCUUCGCAAGCAUCAUCCCACAACGGUGGGCGAGAACGAGAUGCAGAUGCUUCGCGAACAGAUUGCCCAAGAAGAAAAGGAGCAGGAGGUGACCGUGGGCCAGGCCGCAGAUGAAGAGGACAACCAGAUGGGCCAGGACUCCGGCCCAUAUAUGCCGCUUCCGCCGCAUUUAUUGGAUGAUGGAGACGACGUAGAGUUUGAGGACCAGUAUUUGCUGGGCUAGGGGCGUCUCCGAAGCAACCAAUCGCAGGGAAGAAUGUAAUCUUUGAAGCAUUACAACAUAUUUUAUAUAUUUUUCUUAUAACUUUUUCUAGUCCAUAGUUAUCGGGUUUUCUUGAAACGAUUAUAACUAUCUCUGGCUUUGUUCCGGUAAUCUGAAACAGUGCGGAAAUUUUUUAAAAUUCCUUUUUUUAGUUCGGUUCUGAUUUUAAAAAAUA